GGAGUUACAGGGAUAUUCUGUGUUCUUGGGGCUUCACACACUCUUGGCUUUAAUAUGACUGUUCUACACCUGUGUUUAUUCGCGACUUUUUGGAGAGCUGUGCAUGCUAUCCAUCCGGACUGUGCUAUUAUCUCCCAGUUUAUACAAGACCAAGAGUUCUGCAUCCAGACUAGGAAGAGAGAGAUCAAGAAUCAGUCCCAACAAACAGGAUGUGGGACGGAUUGGGACGGGAUCCGCUGCUGGCGGACAGCCAAUACUGGACAACUCUUUAAUGUGUCCUGUUCAGAUGUCUUCCAGCACAUCUCCAACACUCAAGGUUUUAUAUACAGGAACUGCACGUCUAACGGCUGGAGUGACCCAUAUCCGCCGUACGAGGAAGCCUGUGCAUUUGAAGAUGAUUCAGAAUCUGGGACUGUGACAACUUACUUGUCAACCUUGAAACAGCUGUACACUGCUGGAUAUGCAACAUCACUUAUAUCGCUUAUUACUGCCGUUAUCAUAUUCACAUGCUUCAGGAAGUUCCACUGCACCAGAAACUACAUACACAUCAAUCUUUUUGUUUCCUUCAUCUUGCGGGCAAGCGCAGUCUUCAUCAAAGAUGCCGUUCUGUUCUCAGAUGAAACUCAGGAUCACUGUUUAAUGUCCACGGUGGCGUGCAAAACUGCUGUAACGUUCUUCCAGUUCUGCAUCCUCACUAAUUACUUCUGGCUGCUGGUGGAAGGCUUGUACCUGCAGACGCUCCUCGCCCUCACCUUCGUCUCGCAGAGGAAGUACUUCUGGUGGUACAUUCUAAUAGGAUGGGGUGUCCCAUCAGUCGUGCUGAUCGUGUGGGUGUUGACCAGACAAUUCUAUGAUAACAGAGGAUGUUGGGAUGACACAGAUAAUAUGAACAUCUGGUGGAUCAUUAAAGGACCAAUCACAGUAUCCCUGUUUGCUAAUAUCAUCAUCUUCCUAAAUGUGAUUCGGAUCUUGGUUCAGAAAUUAAAAAGUCCUGGAGUUGGAGGCAAUGACACAGGUCACUUCAUGAGACUGGCCAAAUCCACCUUGUUUCUGAUUCCUCUGUUUGGGAUGCACUACACUCUGUUUGCCUUCCUGCCAGAAAACACGGGGGAAAUAGUCCGGUUUUACAUCGAACUCGGUCUGGGCUCUUUCCAGGGCUUUGUGGUGGCACUCCUUUACUGUUUUCUCAAUGGAGAUGUACAGGCGGAGUUGAAGCGCAGGUUAUGGACGUGGCAGACCCAGACUCAUCUGAGCCCCAGUAAAAAGCGUGGGGUCACCGUUACUCAGAUCAUGAUGCAUAAGUCCACUAAUUAACAGACUGCCGUCUGCAAGGGCUACAUCACAUCUGUGUGA